GCAUGCUUCCGAACAGGCAUCAGUUUGAUUUCAUUCGUUCGAGUCGACACAACGCACAUUACCCCAAAUAAGCAGCAAUGACUGGCCGCGGCAAAGGAGGAAAAGGUCUUGGAAAAGGAGGCGCCAAGCGUCAUCGCAAAGUUCUGCGUGAUAACAUCCAGGGUAUCACAAAGCCCGCCAUUCGUCGUCUGGCUCGGCGUGGUGGAGUUAAGCGUAUCUCUGGUCUGAUUUACGAGGAAACUCGUGGUGUGCUCAAAGUGUUCCUGGAAAACGUGAUCCGUGAUGCCGUCACCUACACCGAACAUGCCAAGCGCAAAACCGUCACCGCUAUGGAUGUUGUGUACGCUCUGAAGCGCCAGGGACGCACUCUGUACGGUUUCGGAGGUUAAGCUGUGUCAGCAAUAAAUAUUCAUACAACAAAACAGUCCUUUUAAGGGCUACCAUUGAUAUCCAAGUAAAGAGUUAUUAGUGUACUAGUUUUCAUGCAGUCUUCAAAAAUCAUAAUCA